CCUCGAUGACAAAAAAUAUUAAUAAAUUUGACUUAAAAUUUUCCCCAAUUAGCUGUCAGCAGGUCUCGCCUCGUUUGUUUUUACAUACCAUACCUGCCGAAAACACCAACGAAAAUGCAAACGUAAACGCAAACGAAGCCUCUGCCUCGGAUUCAGAUUUGGAUUUCGGAUUUCGGAUCUGCACUGCUGGGACCACCUAUCCUAUGCUUGGACCUGCAGCAGCAAAAAAUCUGCGUCUUUCAUUGGUUGUCGCGUGCAGUUCGGUGCGUUUUUCGCUCGCAAAGUGCUCACCAAACCCCAAGCCACACACACGUGUGCAGUGAUUGUAAAAACACGGGCGCAGGGCAAACAGUGCUGGCCAAACCAGCUGCCCAGUUGAAUGUCCUUUAUCCUCCUCGUAAAGUAAACCCCUGGCAGUGCUUGUAAAAGUCAAUCCGCUCAUUGCAAAAAGUAAAUGUCACAUUAAAAGUCAUAAUUAAUGUACAAUGGGCGGCACUCGUUGCACUUUUCGAGAUUGUAAAGUCUCUUCAAACCGCAAUCCAUCCAUGCACUUCUUCAAGUUUCCCGUACGUGACCCGCGACAAUUGGAGAAAUGGCUACAAAUUUGCGCCAAUGAAGAGAUUUUAAAAGUAUCUCAUGGUAAGCUGGCCAACCGGGCUGUGUGUGCACGUCAUUUUCGCCUUGAGUGCUUCAUGAACUAUAAAAUGGACCGACUUAUUGCCAAGCAGACGCCGACGUUGAUGCGAGUGAACAAGGAUCUCGCGUGGGACUUUGAAUCUAUCGACGAGAACGGCGAGGCAAUGCUUGUAAAACUGCCUUCUCCCAUCUCAGCACAUCUGAAACCACCAGAGGGAUUUGAGUGUCCUCUUGGAUUUGAUACGGAUGCCAUUGAAGACGUAAUUAGCUUGGAUCGAUUGGUAAAUAAGAGACCUGCUACAAGCUUGCCAGAGAGAGCAAUCAAAAGGCGGAUGGUGACUUUGAGGACAGAGCAGGAGCAGGAGCACCAAAUCAGUACUAAAAUUCCACCAAGAAUAAUUGACUUGCCUCGAAAUGGAUUGAAAACGCAAACAGAGGAAAUUUACAAGCCAAUUAUUAGUAAAAUCAGUUCACGCCCAAUAAUUGAGGAACCCUCGUUUCCCAUAGAGCAAAGUCUGGAAAUGACUGUGGGUGAAGAAGAAGAUACUGCCGUUCCUGAAUCAGAUAUGCAAACGCUAUCAACGUCGAAGGAAUGCCAACUUCAGCUGGAAUACAACAAACUAAAGUUAGAGAUGUUAAAGCUUUCAGAAGAGAAUGCGCACUUGAAGCAGGCGUCCAUACCAUCCACCAGUAGAGCUCAACCGUCAAGCUCCUCGACAAACAUGACUAAGCCGCAGCUAUACAACGGCAUAAAGAAGUAUCUGGGACCCACUGUGGCCGCUCUGGUGCGCAUGGAAAUGUUCGGUGGAGCCGAGGAUCGUAACUGGAAAGAUGACGAGCGGCGCUUUGCUGUAGAGCUGCUGCAGUUGGGCGAAAAUAUAUACGAGCAUUGCUGCGAGGAGUGGCGCUUUAGAUUGCCCUCGCUGAGGAUUGCACGCUCCUGGCUGAACAGCAAAGAAUCGGAAGAUGUUGAUGAUUCAAUCGAUUUUUAGCCUUAUUUAGCGUUUUAUUUCGUUUACUUUUCCAUUCAUACUUUUAAAAUUGCAUGUAAAUAUAUAAAAUUAGCUUCUAGAGUA